UUUCCUGUGACAUGUGAGGAGAUCUAGGAUCCAGUUCCCCACGUCCAUAUCAAAUCCAAGAUGUCGGGCUUCUUUCUCAACGAGGGCAAAAAAACUAGCACAAGAAAACGGCCACAGAAAGCUCAAAAGGAUACAAAGUUUAAAACCAAAAAAGCCAAGGAAACACCAGCAAAGAAAUACGACGAAGAACUCGACAGUGACUCUGAUAUUCACAGUGAUUAUGAGUCUGGCAAUGCUUCUGGGUCUGAAAGUGAUGUCAGUGAAACAGCUCAAGAAAAGAAGCUGAGAUUGACCAAGGAAUAUUUAGCACAACUAGAGGCAGAAGAAAAAAACAAACGAGAUUUGGAAGAGAUUGAUCAUGAUGCCAUUGCUCACAGACUUCAGCAAGAUGUGUUGGAACAGAGUGGUCGUGUGCAAAGAAAAAUAGCAGAUCAGCUUUCAUUGUCAUCAACACACACUAUACGCAUUCUUCGAGGCCAUCAACAGCCUGUGACGUGUCUCUGUGUAUCCCCAGAUGACAAGUUUGUAUUCACAGCAGCAAAGGAUUGCACAAUUAUUAAAUGGAAUGUUGACAGUGGAAAAAGAGAGUUCAGAAUAGCUGGUGGACCAAAGCUAGAGGCCGGUAGCAAAGGACACAAGGAACAGAUCUUAGCACUGGCUAUCACUACAGAUGGUAAAUAUUUGGCAAGUGGUGGUAAGGAUAAGCUAAUUCGCAUCUGGGACCCUGAUACCUCGAAGCACAUCCAUACAUUUAAAGGCCACAGAGACGUCAUAUCGGACCUGGCGUUUAGGAGAGGCUCUCAUCAGCUAUUCAGUGCAUCUCACGAUAAGACUGUCAAGAUAUGGAACUUGGAUGAAAUGGCAUAUGUAGAGACCCUGUUUGGGCACCAAGACGCUGUGACUGGAAUUGACAGCUUGUCAAGAGACAGAGCUGCUACGGCAGGUGGUCGGGACAGAACACUUCGAAUCUGGAAAGUGGUGGAGGAAUCCCAGUUGGUUUUCAAUGGUGCUGGGGGGUCAAUUGAUUGCAUAGAACUCAUCAAUGAAGACCAUUUUCUUUCUGGUUCAGAUGAUGGUUCUCUAACCAUGUGGAAUACUGCCAAAAAGAAACCACUCUGUACUGUUGAUAAUGCUGAUGGGAAACCCAGUGACUCCACUACACCUGAUGAGAGCUGGAUCACAGCACUUGCCGCCGUCAAGAGCACCGAUUUGGUUGCUUCAGCAGGUUCUUGUGACUCCUGUGUCAGGUUAUGGCAGUGUGGGCCUGGGUACCGUAGUAUCAAACCUCUGUUCAGCGUCCCUGUGGCUGGUUUUGUAAAUGCACUGUCCUUCUCUAGUGAUGGCUCAAUGUUGUUUGCGGGUGUUGGCCAGGAGCACCGCCUAGGUCGGUGGUGGAGGAUAAAAAAUGCCAAGAACUCACUGUGUAUCAUUCCACUUGAACGCAAACCCAAUGAAAAUGGCACCACAUGAUGCCCAGUGGUUAUUGUAUCUCUCUGGAAUUUAGAUCAAUAAAUAAAAUUACAUCAA